AUGGAACGGAUCUUCAACGCCAAUAGGUGUCCUGAUGAGAGCAGGCUGGCUUACUCAAUGUACAUGUUGGCUGGGGAGGCUGAGCAUUGGUGGGCCAACAUGAAGUUGGUCAUGGAAGAGAAAAGAGAACAAAUCACCUGGGAAGCCUUCAAGAAGAAGUUCCUCUCCGAGUACUUCCCAGAUGGCGUAAGAUACGCUAAGGAGGUGGAGUUCCUCCAGUUGACCCAGGGCAACAAAUCUGUGGUUGAGUAUGCAGAGAGGUUCAAGCAUCUGGGGUGCUUCUACACCAUGCCAUUAGAUGAGGAGUGGCGGUGUAGGAAGUUUGAGAAUGGUCUCCAUGGAGAUAUUAGGUUGAUGGUGGCACCAUUUUCCAUCAAGGACUUUGCAACUUUGGUGGAGAGAGCUCGAGUUAUGGAGAGGAUAAAGGUCGAGGUGGAGGCUCAGCAGAGUCAGCAUCAGCAAAAGGUCGAUGGAUCAUCUGGGUCCACACCUAGAAUAGAGGAGAGGAAGAAACCUUAUGCUAAGCCGUAA